AUGGACGUUGACCUUGCUACACAAGAAGGCUUGGAACAGCUUGGUAUUGAUCAAGACGGUGUCGACAAUGGAAUGCCCACUGCUCCAGAGUUCAACAUGCCAUUCAUGAUGUGCUAUGGUCUCAAUGGAAAUCCCACUGGUUCAAACAAACAUGACGAUGGCAACAAUGACAGCUCCGCAAAGAAGCUUCGUAGAGCCCUCUUCUUGACUCUUUCACCGACCGGCUCCUUCAUUGGAAGUACCCCACCUUCAGAGCACUCACCAAGUAUGAAUGGCAAGAAUGAAGAUGAGGGUGACAGUCGGGAGGAUGUUGACGAGACUGAAGAAGAUCCCACAAAUGGCGUCGCGCUGACGCUACGAAACAAAGCUCUCAAGAGACAUAAAGCCAAUGACAGCAGCAGACACACUGCCACUGUUCCAACCACUCUCGCAAGCAAUGCCACCACACUCAUUAGCAAUCCUCACGCUACUGCACUUCCCAGUGACACGAGCAACUCCACAGCACUUGCCGGCAACACAGAUGCUACUGACAGAGUACAAGCCACGCUCCUGCAUUGGCUUCUUGAGCAGUGUGUCAAUAACUGA